GUGGUAGUGAUUGCCCAUUGAGCCUUCUCUGAGAAGCCAACAAUAAUAAGCAAAGAAGGUCUCGAAAAAGCUUUGCUUCUCCCCCAAGCCAGCAGCUGCCCUCAAUUGAGAUUUUGCCAUUAAAGGCUUCACGGAGGUAUCGGUAGGCAGGUGUUGGCUUUGCUUUGUUCACGGAAAAGUGUUAUCAAAAGUCUUCUCCUUUCUCUAUAAAUUCACACCCAUUUGCUGAUUCAGUCGCAGUGGUGUAUAGUGGUUGGUGGUGGAGAUGUUGAAGCAGAGAACAUGGGUAGCGGUGGCGGCGGUGGUGGUGGGAUUUCAGUUGUUGGGUAUGUGUAAUUUGUUUGCGCUUGCGAUGUUGGACCCUCUUGAUUUCUUGGCUCUGCAAUCUAUUCGGAAGGGCUUGGAGGACUUGCCUGGUUCCAAUUUUUUUGCCUCCUGGGACUUCACUUCUGACCCAUGCAACUUCGCCGGCGUUUACUGCGACUCCGAUAAGGUUCUCGCGUUGAAUCUCGGCGAUCCCAGGGCGGGUUCGCCGGGUCUCACCGGUCAUCUUGAUCCUGCAAUUGGGAAGCUCUCUGCUCUCGUCGAGUUCACCGUGGUUCCGGGGAGGAUUAUCGGCUCUUUGCCGCAGACUCUGUCGCAGUUGAAGAAUCUUCGGUUUCUAGCCGUUAGUCGAAACUUUAUCUCCGGCGAGAUUCCAGCAACAUUGGGGCAGCUUCGGGUUCUACAGACUCUCGAUCUCAGUUACAAUCAACUCACCGGCGGGAUUCCUCGCUCUAUCGGAACAUUGCCGGCAUUGUCCAACGUCAUUCUCUGUCACAACCGUCUUUCCGGUACAGUGCCUCCCUUUCUCUCCCAGACCCUAACCCGGCUCGACCUCAAGCACAACGACCUCUCCGGUUCUAUCUCACCUUCUUCUCUCCCUCCCUCCCUCCAGUACCUCUCGCUCUCCUGGAACCGCCUCUCCGGAACGGUCGAUCGCGCCCUGACCCGUAUGAACCGGCUGAACUAUCUCGACCUAAGCAUGAACCGGUUCUCCGGCUGCAUUCCUGGGCGAGUAUUCACAUUCCCAAUCGCAAACCUCCAAUUACAAAGAAACUCAUUCACCGGUCCGGUCCAACCGCCAUCCCAAGUCACAAUCAAGACCGUUGAUCUCAGCUUCAACAGGCUCUCCGGCCAAAUCUCACCCUUAUUCUCAACGGUCCAGAACCUUUACCUCAACAACAACCGGUUCAUUGGCCACGUCCCUGCUACUCUAGUGGACCGGUUACUAGCUGCGAACAUACAAAUACUGUAUCUACAGCACAACUAUCUGACCGGAAUCGAGAUCAAUCCAACGGCUUCAAUUCCUCUAAGCUCCUCACUGUGUCUUCAGUAUAACUGUAUGGUCCCGCCCGUACAGACGCCUUGCCCACUCAAGGCUGGGAAGCAGAAGACGAGGCCAACUGCACAGUGUGUUGAGUGGAAGGGGUAAAGAUGGGAAAUCACACAAUGCUUCCAAGGGCAUUACAGGAAUAUGGGAGAAAAAAAAUAGGUUUUUCAUUAAAAUUUAUUUUGUGGUAAGGCCUUUUUUGGUAAUUCAUUUAUUUAAUUUUAUGAUAUUAUGGGCAUAAUAUUAAUAAAAAUUGUUGUGGAUAGUAUGAGAUGUUGUAGCUGUUUUGUGCAAGCUCUAUGUUCACUUGUUUGUGGGUGGACUAUAUUUUUUUUGGAGUAGAAAUAUUGAUGAUAAUGUUGAAAGUUAAGUUCUUGCAUUACGUG